UUGGCUGUCAUGCUCCCCACCAAAGAACCAUGCUUUUGUAGAGUGUUGCUUGUCAUUCUAAAGAACAUCUGCGAAACAAACUGGUGAUAACUGGGUGAAUGGGCUUACCAUGGACAAAAUUGUGAUUUUUCAGAGGGUCUGAAUAUCAAAUGGCCACGUGCACUGCACUGGAGUACUCUGCAGAGCAACUAAACUACUACAGGAUUUGUUACGUGGUUACCGAUGUACUUACAGAAGGCUUGCGAAUAAUUUUCAAACAAGAAUGGGACAGUCGCUACAGAAUAACAUCGAGAGAAUGGAAAGAUAAACCUAACAAUGGACUGGACUUUUGGAAUGGCGAGUCUCCUCGAAACAGAAGCCGAAACGCUCGUCUCUUGAGAACCAUGAAAAACGGUGAUACAGCUGAAUGGGAUUGUACCAUGCUGUUUUACGCCAUCCUCUAUUCAGACUGCAUUUAUGGCCUUAAUCCAACGGUUCAGUCACACGUGGAUGACCUCAGGAGGCUGCGAAAUGAAGAAUUUGCGCAUAUUUCACGAGGGCAUCUUUCGAACACAGACGUCCAAAGUGUCAUUUUGAAAGUAAACACUGCAUUUCUUUUGCUCGGUCUUCCCACACAGAAAAUCCAUGAUAUCCAAAAUCAAACGAGUUUCCCAACGAAAGAGUUGACAAACAUCUUGAAGAAGGUUGAUGAUCUUGGUAAACAAGUUCAAGAGAAGGAAAAAAAACUUCAAGAUAAAGACAAUGCACUUCUCCAGAAGGAUAAGGAACUGUUACUAAAGGAGGAGCAGCGACAGGUGCUUGAGCAGCAGCUUCAUACAAGUGUAUGGCCGUUUUGUAUUCUUCCACCUAAACCUACACACGAAAUCUCUGAUCGCCAAUCCGAAGUUAAUAAAAUUUACCAAGAGCUUAAAAUUCUUAAAUGCACCAAUGGUGAUAGUUUAAGUACCUUGUAUAUAUCUGGAAAACCAGGAAGUGGAAAAUCUCAACUGGCCAAUCUUGUAGCCAAGAAAUAUUAUGAGAUAGUCAAAGAAAUUCCCUCUGCGACCUCAUUUGUCAUGACUCUGAAUGCUGAAAACUCAGAAACGCUUUUAGAAUCCUACGUUUCUUUCGCUAGACAUUGUAAAUGUCCGGAGUACGCUGUCACAAACACUGUUAAUUCCACAGACCGAAGUGCAGACGAGAGAAUAACAAGUCUCAAAAGGUUGAUAAGUGCGCGAAUUUCUCUUUACACGUCAUGGCUGCUAAUAGUUGACAAUGACGCUAGUGUAUCUCAAGUACAUACUCACUUACCAGAUUCAGGGGACAAACAAUGGUCAAGAGGUCAGUUGCUGAUAACUACACAAGACGCUGUCUCCAUCCCUUUGACAAGUUCCUCAAUCCAACACAUCUCAGUCAGUAAAGGAAUGCAUCCAGAUGAUGCCCGCUCGUUGUUAAGACUCCUGUCAGGAGUAAAUGAUAGCAAACUGGAAGGUGACAUUGCUCAGGCAUUAGACUACCAACCUCUUGCCUUGGCGAGUGCCGCCAUCUAUGUGCGACAAGGUCGGCAGAAUAAAGUAUCGGUGAACUUUAGCUGGGGUGACUAUCUGGAGAAGCUUGAUAGUGGUGAACGAAGUACGACUGAGACAAUACUUACUGAGACCAAUCCAAGCUACCACAGAUCCAUGACCACAACAAUAGCACUUGCUGUGAAAAAGGCGAUGACGACCGACAUAGUUGUUUAUCACCUGUUCUCUUUUCUGGCUCUUUGUUCGCCUCAGCCAAUACUUCAAGACAUCGCAAUUAACUACAUCAUGGAAAUGGAUGAGGAAUCGACAGAUAAAGAGUGGAUCGGUUCGAGAAUAAGUCGUUGCUCACUGUUAUUAAUUGAAGAAGAGGAAAAUGGUGUCUUUAUCCGAGUACAUGGAGUCAUUCGUGGUGUUCUUGAUUCUUUAAAAACAAAUUGUGCAAAGGAUGUAGACAUAAAGAGAGUCGUUGGGGUUGUUGAAUCAUUUUCCAAGUUUGAUGACUUAGAUUCCUUUAUCAUCGGCACAAAAAUAGUUCCCCACCUUAGAAAGUUUAUCACGAAUGCUAAAUAUCUUUUUUUCAAUAAAGAAAUAUCUCAAGUCGGCGAAAAAGGUGCCGUGCCAUUGCAAGGCUAUCUUUAUGGCUGAAAGACCCUCGGAGUAAUGUGCCUCAACCAUUGUGAAUACCAAGCUGCAAUGAGCUAUUUUGAAGUGGCCUUAGAAAUGAUACACGCAGGUGACACAAAAACCGAUGUAGAAAAAGCACGAAUUUACAGCCUGUUGGGUAUGGCACAUAAACGUAAGGGUAACUUACAGCAAGCGAAGGAUUACUAUGAACGUGGGCUGGGUAUUCGGAUGAAAAAGCGCGGACCUAAGCAUGUAGAUGUCGCAGCUUCUUACAAUAACCUGGGCACUGUAUACAGUGAUCUAGGUGAUUUCGAGCAAGCAAAAGGUUACUAUGCACGUGCACUGGACAUUCGUAUAAAACAGCUUGGACAUGAGAAUAUAGAUGUCGCAGCUUCUUACAAUAAUCUGGGUACUGUACACAGGAAUUUAGGUGAAUUCGAUCAAGCAAAAGGUUACUAUGCACGUGCACUGGACAUUCGUCUGAAACAGCACGGACCUGAUCAUGAACGCGUCGCAGCUUGUUACAAUAACCUGGGUACUGUAUACAGUGAUCUAGGUGAUUUCGAGCAAGCAAAUGGCUACCAUGCAUGUGCACUGGACAUUCGUCUGAAACAGCUCGGACGUGACCAUCUAAGUGUCGCAGCCUCUUUCAAUAAUCUGGGUAUUGUAUACAGUGGUCUGGGUGAUUUCGAGCAAGCGAAGGGCUACUAUUCACGUGCACUGAACAUUCGUCUGAAGAAGCUUGGAGAUGAUCAUGAACGUGUCGCAGCUUGUUACAACAACCUGGGUACUGCGUACAGUGGCCUUGGUGAAUUCGAACAAGCAAAAGGCUACCAUGCACGUGCACUGGAGAUUCGUCUGAAAAAGCUCGGUCCUAAACAUGUACAUGUCGCAACUUCUUACAAUAAUCUGGGUUGUGCAUACAGUGGUCUAGGAGAUUUCGAGUAAGCGAAGGACUACUAUGUAAGUGCACUGGGCACUUUUUUGAAACAGCUCGGACCUCAGCAUGUAGAUGUCGCAGACUCUUACAAUAACCUGGGCACUGUAUAUAGUGGUCUUGGUGAGUUCGAGCAAGCAAAGGGCUACUAUGUACGUGCACUGGACCUUCGACUAAAACAGCUCGGACCUGUCCAUAUAGAUGUCUCAACAUCUUACAAUAAUCUGGGUACUGUAUACAGUAAUCUAGGUGAUUUCAAGCAAGCAAAGGACUACCAUGCGCGUGCGCUGGACAUUCGUCUGAAACAGCUCGGACCUGAGCAUGUACAUGUCUCAACUUCUUACAAUAACUUGGGUACUGUGUGCAGUGAACUAGGUAAUUUCGAGCAAGCAAGGGGCUACCAUGCACGUGCACUUGACAUUCGUCUGAAACAGUUUGGAUCUGAUCACCGUAAAGUUGGAGAAACUUAUGAAAAGAUAGGCGAUGCACACAACCAUCAGAGUCACGUUGACCAGGCCAAAAGAUACUAUGAUUUUGCUUUGGCGAGUUAUGUUCGAAGCCUUGGCCUUGAACAUGUUAAAGUUAGAGAUGUUCAAAAUAAGCUAGAUGAACUUCAGACAGCCCAUGUAAUUGUAGACACUCGUGCUUGCCCUGUAACUUGUACAAUGUUUUGAAUCAUAGUUCGCUCUAUUAACUAUGUUUGACUGCAUUGGAUUGCAGAUAUCAAGUUCAGGUAACUCAUCGAAUAACAAUCAUCAUGCAUGUAUACUUUUCCGUGUGGGAACUUCGAGAUUAAUUAAGACCAAAUCUUGUUAUAGAUAUGAGUAGAUUAGUCAUUGCGUACUCAAGAUCAGCACUUAAUUUUCUAAAAUCACUUAGCGCAUUGUUCAACCAGGAUGCAUUGCAGGGUGAGUGGCCAUUCUCAGCAUCUUUUGUAGAACAGGAUAGGAAAGCUCACUGUGAAUAUAAUGUUAUUCUACUAAAUAUUUGCGAUCUUUAUUGAAACCCGGAAUUUUUAUGCAGUCA